UCCUGGGUGACGGAAGCUCAGAAUACUUAGCGGUGGACCACCACUGGACCACCACCGGACCAUCAUAUUGGGACGCAAGAGGCUUUUAACACUAAUGGUGGGCCACUACUGAACCACAAGAGGCUCUCAACACUACCGGUGGACCACUACUGGACCACAAGAGGCUCUCAACACUACCGGUGGACCACUACUGGACCACAAGAGGCUCUCAACAUUACUGGUGGACCACUACUGGACCACAAGAGGCUCUCAACACUACUGGUGGACCACUACUGGACCACAAGAGGCUCUCAACACUACUGGUGGACCACUACUGGACCACAAGAGACUCUCAACACUACUGGUGGACCACUACUGGACCACAAGAGACUCUCAACACUACUGGUGGACCACUACUGGACCACAAGAGACUCUCAACACUACUGGUGGACCACUACUGGACCACAAGAGGCUCUCAACACUACUGGUGGACCACUACUGGACCACAAGAGACUCUCAACACUACUGGUGGACCACUACUGGACCACAACACUAAUAAUGGACCACUCAGGACCACAGGACUCCCGAAACACUAACAAAGACUUUAACUUUUCGUUUCAGCAGCUCAUCAGGAUAAUAUGGAAACGUUGUGCACUGUUGAGGGUGUUUCAGUUAAUGUUAUUCGGGUUACUUGUCGUCAACAUUGUGUAUUUCUCCAGGAACAAUUACAACACUACCAGCCAACACACAAACCCAGUCACCAGGAAAGCAGGUCCUCUACACCGCCCACGCAGCUACUACCACCAACUACAACACCAGCCCAAGAUAACAUCAACAACUUGGAACGAGAAAAAGUUUCCGGUGGAGACCUUUCUGAGAGUGCCGCAGGAGGACGACGAUCUUGCCGAGUUCAUACGUCGCGAAUUACUUGUGGCUCCCUCCAAGGAGUCUUACAGCCUCACCCACCCGGAGAAAUUAGACUUCUCACAAUACAGACAGAGCAUCUUCCUAAUCACCAAAAUCUUGCCUGGUAUGAAAGGAGGAUUCUUCGUGGAGGUUGGAGCUAUGGACGGAGAGUUGUACAGCAACACGCUUUAUCUCGAGAGAGAACUGGGCUGGACAGGGCUGCUCAUUGAGGCCAAUCCUUCCGCCUUCCAGCAGCUCCUCAGCAAGCACCGGAAGGCUUGGGCCAUCAACGCCGCUGCAGCAGUCAACACCUACACCUCAAUCGUCAGUUAUCUUUCAACUGGAGAUAAGGAAGAGGCAGGAGAAAUCUCAGAAGAUCUACACAUUGGUAUUAAAAUCAAGGCUAUUCCUCUAUAUUCCAUUCUUAAGUCUAUGGAUCGGGUCAUUGACUUCCUCUCCCUCGAUAUUCAGGGCCAGGAGCUGAAGGUACUGCAGACAUUGCCAUGGAAUAUAGUCAAAAUUCGAGUCAUGUGUAUAAGGGCGGAGAGGCAGGAACUCCUCUCCUUAAACGGACUUCUCAUCAACAAUGGUUACAAGUUUCUUACUGCUAUGAACAACCACUCCUGGUACAAAUGGGAUAAAGUGUGGUUUAUGGACGCUGACGAAGAACACGAAGAAAUUAAGCCAGGUCAUAUGUGAUGGCUCUUGUCAAAAAUUUGUAUCACCUGUGGAUUAGACACCCUCCCUAGCUUAUUUCAACUGAUGAUUAACUACCCUAAUACUACCUUAAGUUAGGUUAAUCUUCAGGUGAUACAAGCAGGGGUGUCUAAUCGUCAAGUUAUAUAGGAAUUCUUUAAAUGCAGUUUAUAUGUUGUUUACAAAUUCUAUGCACAUUGUAUAUAAAUUCUUGCUUUAUUAGUUAGUAUUAUAUUGGCUCACUAAUUAAUAUAGGUUGUAUAACACAGAAUUUGAUGUUUUAGUUAAUUUAAUUGUUGGUAUUAAUGUACAGUAUUUUAGAUUUUAAUGACCUUAGCUGUUAGAGCGCAGUAAUACAUUAUAUCACCAAUAACAACAAUAAUACAAUAUAACAUCAUCAUACACACUGCAAUGCUAAAUUAAAAAUAAUAACAACUUCAAAGUCAACAAUAUGUUUGUCUCGAGACUUAUGUUAUUUCUUAUCUGUUCUCUAUACUAAGAUGCACAUUAAUUUUAGUAUAAUUCGCACGACAUAAGAAUGGGUUCAUUAUUAUAUAUUUUUCUCUUAUUCAUCUAAUUUUUAGUGUUUAUAAUGUGUAAUAAACAAUAAAUACUGUAACCUCCUGGGUAUUAAUAGA